UUAUGGUGCGCCAGGUACGGUACAGUUUUUAUCGAAUCAACACAGAAGAGAAUGAGAAUUAAAUUACAGUGAAUUUCCGGUCAACAUUCCAAACACUUUUGAUACGCCGCUGAGCCGUUCUAGGCCAUACAAUCAUCCUAACCAAGUGUGGCCAACUGUACAUACGAGUCUGCACGUGGUUGGUGUCGUUGAUGCGCCGCACUGCCAAGCAAAGCGUGCGCUCUGCGUUACCUUGCCUGCCUGGUACGGCUGUACCCUGGAUUCUCUGUGCUGCGGACUUGACGAGGAUCCUUCGGCAACAGAGUACACUUUACGGGCUCCACAGCGUUGCUUGUGAGAUUGACAUAACACUUCCUUUUCGUGGUUGUACGUGGUUGGACUACUAGUGCAUCGAAACUAGCUACUACCUAUCGGCCGAAAAGAUGGAUGCUAUCCGCGACAUUCCUAUGGCAGAUUUGUCGCCGUUGCUGAUCUGCCAAAUAUGUCGGGGGUUCCUGAUCGACGCCACUUCUCUUCCCGAAUGUGGCCACGUUUUCUGCAAGACCUGCAUCGUGAAGCACUGCCACCGGAGUACGGUGUGCCCGUUGGAUUCCUGUCGGACUUAUAUUCACGCCCGACCUCUCACGCGUUUAAAGAAGGACACCACACUGCAGACGGUCGUAUACAAGCUCCUUCCCGAAAUCUACCACAGUGAGAUGUCAUGCCGACGGCUAUAUUUCAAGAACAACGCGCACACCUUGAACGGCGUCGACCCGCAGCUACUGGAUUCCGAGGCCCGCGGCCUGGCCGACCAUCCCUCCUGGCUGCCGCACGUCAGCAUCCCGGACGAGAUUGAAGUGCAGCUGGAAUAUAAAUUCACUCUACUGUCUCACCUUCGAUCGAGUUUCCCUCAGAGCCUGUUAAAUAAGGAACGCGAGGCUGAUUCUCGUAUGCUGCGCACCAUGUGCCAUUCUAGUGUCUCCGUCCAGGAACUGCGCCAGUUCAUCGUUGAUAUAAUCCGUAUCCCCCGCGACGUAUCGAUUGUCAUCAUGCAGGGCAACGUGGUCAUGGCGGACGCGCAGACGGUGGCCGAUGUGUGGCGCUUCGACUGCGGAAAACCCGAAAACCAGACUUCCGUCAAACUGCACUAUAUCUUCCUUCCCGCCUCCACAACCCCGUCCUCCCCGGCGGAAAUCCAAGAUUUCAUCUACGGCUGCUUCCGCAAGGAUGUCGUCCUCCAUGUCCCGCUGUCCGGGCGGAUGCGCUGCCCCAAGAAGCGUCCCCAUGACAGCACGAAGCGCAUGACCGCCGAUUUAGUGGAGAAUGCGAAACACGAUGGGGAAUUCGUGUCGGCGACGAGUGCGCUCUCCACGUUGUAGGGUUCCCGCUGUUCUAAUACCUACCUCUUUAAUACAUUGACAGGUUGUGCUCAGUAUGGAGUUUUUUCGGUAUUAAUUUAUUCGUGUUUCUGGAGAUUUCUUCCUCUUCGUUUAACCGUUCUUACUAACUUGGGAACUGUGUAACCCGAAUAUUGGCACGUUCCACAAUUGUCAGGUCCCAGUAUUUCGCUAAUUAAUUUAUGUAGAUUUACUAUGAAUGUGUUUCGGUGUGUUGCUGGUAUUCAUCGGGAGACGCUAAUUUUUUCUCCUUUCUGCCUCUCGGUUCCGUACUGUUCCUGUCCACUGCGGGUGUGUUCGGCAAUAAA